AACUCGCGACGCAAAAUGACCGCUGCCCCUUGGUGAGCUCCGCCGCCGCCGCCGCCGCUGCCCCGGGACUCGCAGCAGCAGCAGCAGCAGCCGUGACGUCACGCGCCGCGCUGCGGAGCUCGCCGCUCGCUGCCGCCGCUGCAGCUGCAAGGGAAGAUGAUGAUGGCCGCGGACGGGCAGAUUCUCUUCAACCACAGCUUCCAGAUCCGCGUGGGCAUCCUCACGGUGAGUGACAGUUGCUUUAAGAACCUGGUUGAGGACAGAACGGGACUGAAUCUGAAGGAUCUGGUGGAAGAUGAGUCAAGGCUCGGGGGAAUUGUGUCGGCCUACAAGAUUGUUCCUGAGGAGAUGGAGGACAUUAAGGAGAGCCUGCUGGAGUGGUGCGACGACAAGGAGCUCAACCUCGUGCUCACGUCUGGAGGCACGGGGUUCGCUCCCCGCGACGUGACGCCAGAGGUGACGCCUCCACUCCACUUCGUCGGUGCUGCACAUGCCCCGAGCGGGAGGCUACACAGGGAUAUUUUAUUUUUGUAUGUUUUCCCCGCACAGGCAACAAGGGACGUGAUCGAACGGGAGGCCCCGGGAAUGGCCUUGGCGAUGCUGAUGGGAUCUCUCAAUGUCACCCCGCUGGCAAUGCUCUCACGCCCUGUUUGUGGAAUUCGAGGGAAGACCUUGAUUAUUAACCUGCCAGGAAGCAAGAAAGGGUCUCAGGAGUGCUUCCAGUUCAUCCUGCCGGCUCUGCCGCACGCCGUCGACCUGCUGCGCGACGCGAUGGUGAAGGGCAAGGGGUCGCAUCCCGAGCUGGACAACCUGCCGUCGCCGCCUCCUCCUCCUACCCCACCUCCCGGCCUCCCCGGCCAGCGCUUCACCGUGGACCGGGGCAUCCAGUGCGAGGACGAGGAGGAGGGGAAGAAGGACAGCGGUGUCUCCUCGACGGAGGACAGCUCCUCCUCGCAGAACACCUCGUCAGUCAUCACCGGCAAGGUCCCCCUGAAGGCACGGAGUGACGUUGCUCCGUUCUUCUGGGGCGUCGAACAGCCGUCGGGUUGUGCCGUCCGCAAACAGAUCCCCGAGUCCAUCAUCUCAAGAGGGGUCCAGGUGUUUCCCAGGGACAGUGCGUCGCUGAGCACAACCCCGUCUGAGUCCCCGCGCGCUCACUCCACCUCGCGCCUCUCCACCGCUUCCUGUCCCACCCCCAAAGUAAGCCUGGUACAGUCUCGUUGCAGCAGCAAGGAAAAUAUUCUGAGGUCAAGUAAGUGCCAUAGCGCAGUGGACAUCACAAAGAUGUCUCGCAGGUCUCGAUCGUCCUCCUUCCCACUCACCUCGAUGGACAAGGCCUUCAUAACCGUGCUGGAGAUGACUCCCGUUCUGGGCACUGAGAUUGUCAACUACCGAGCCAGCAGCAGGACACAAGAUGGCUUCGGCCGAGUUUUGGCCCAAGACGUCUUUGCCAAGGACAACCUUCCUCCGUUUCCAGCGUCCAUGAAGGAUGGCUAUGCCGUGAGAGCAGCGGAUGGGCCAGGUGACCGCUUUGUUAUUGGGGAAUCGCAUGCCGGUGAGCCGCCGAGCCAGACGGUGAUGCCGGGGCAAGUGAUGCGCGUGACGGUGGGGGCGCCAAUCCCGUGCGGCGCCGACGCGGUGGUGCCCGUGGAGAACACGGAGCUCCUUAAGGAAUCGGACGACGGCACGGAGGAACUGGAGGUUCGGAUAUUAAUUCAAGCCAGGCCAGGACAAGAUAUCCGGUCGAUAGGCCACGAUAUAAAGCGUGGGGAGUGCGUGCUGGCCAAGGGCACCCACAUGGGCCCCUCGGAGAUCGGACUCCUGGCCACCAUGGGCAUCACAGAGGUGGAGGUGCACAAGUUCCCCAUCGUCGCUGUCAUGUCGACGGGAAAUGAGUUGCUGAAUCCGGAAGACAACCUCCUCCCUGGGAAGGUGCGAGACAGCAACCGCUCCACGCUGCUGGCCGUCAUCCAGGAGCACGGCUACCCGACCAUCGACCUGGGCAUUGUUGGGGACAAUCCUGAUGAUCUACUGACGGCUCUCAAUGAAGGCAUCACCCAUGCAGACGUCAUCAUAGCCUCUGGAGGCGUCUCCAUGGGCGAUAAGGAUUAUUUCAAACAGGUACUGGACAUUGACCUCAAUGCCCAGAUCCACUUUGGAAGAGUCUUCAUGAAGCCAGGAUUGCCCACAACGUUUGGUACACUGGACAUCCACGGCAUGCGCAAACUAAUCUUCGCACUACCCGGAAAUCCGGUGUCUGCCAUCAUCACAAGCAACCUCUUUGUCAUCCCGGCGCUGCGUAAGAUGCAAGGGAUCAUUGAUCCGCGUCCCACGAUCCUCAAAGCAAGGUUGGCUUGCGAUGUGAAGUUGGAUCCUCGCCCAGAGUACCACCGCUGCAUCCUGACCUGGCAUCACCAAGAGCCACUACCCUGGGCCCAGAGCACAGGUAACCAGAUGAACUGCCACGUGCUGAGCAUGCGGAGUGCCAAUGGGCUGCUGAUGCUGCCACCCAAGACAGAGCAGUACCUGGAACUGCAUAAGGGGGAGGUGGUUGAUGUGAUGGUCAUCGGAAGGUUGUGAUCACCCCCCUCCCUGCCUCCUCCUCACCCCCAGCCAGCGCGCUGUGCAUGCACUGCAUGUCCACCAUGUAUCUGCAAAUACUACAUGCUGUACUUUAGUUAUUUAUUACUGUAUAUCCUUUACUAUAGAGUUAGUUAGCAACCCCUUGCUUUAAAUAAUCAGGUAGAAAACUAUGAAUGUUUCAUAGAUAUAUUUACACUUAUUACGCUAUUAUAAUCCAAAAUAGGUCAAUGUUACUAAAUUUGGGGUUCCCUAUGAAAUGUCUGACACGUUCGACAUGGAUUAUUCAUUUAACACAUUUAGUUUUCAAAUCAAAUAAUGAACCUGCGUGAACAUGUUAGCGUAGAGAGCUGUUUGUCCCUUGAUUAGCGCACACCCAGAGCCGCUUGAAUUGGUUUGAUGCCUCUAAACGCCGCCAGGGUGCUGAUGCGUUCCAACUUAUGGAGCCAAUCACAUGCUCAUCCACAGCUUUAGCUCAUUUAUGCAAUGUUUAGGUAAAGGAUAAUUUUAGCAUAUAUACAGUAUAUAAAUAGAGUACAUAUUAUACUAAUCUAGUGUGUGGUAGAUCUUUCUCAAGAAGUAUGUUCAGAGGAAUUUAAAUUAAAUGAUUAGCUUGAUUGUACAUCAUCAUCAUCAUCUGCUGCUGCAGGAUUUGUUACCUUUACGGAGUGUAAGUGCAUGGCCCUUGGGCCCUCUCAAACUCCGUCUGCAUACAGAGUGCUACAUCGAUGCUCAGCAUUAUCUGCAGAUACUCAUAUUUUUGUCAAGGGAGUAAUAUAUAUGAUAUAACACUGGGCUACACGAGGACACGAUGUUUAUGCUGUUUAAAUAGUGUUCACUUGAAUUUAUAUAUUUAUGGUAUAUGAAAUAUAAUUAUUGUACACAUAUAACUUAUAAUUAACUUGUACUGAAAGGUUACAAAUCUUGUGAAUUACUGUAACAGCAAAGGCAAUGUGCCGGUUUGUAAGUACACAUGCACGCACGUGGGUUUUAGUGCAGUAUAGUACAACAUUGGUGCAGUUUAAUUUUGACCCCUCCCACAACGAUGUUAGUGAUCCUGUCAACGCAGAAACCCGACCGUUUUAUUGGGGGAUUUUCUACAUAAACUGAAUUCCUGAUCUACAAACCUGCUGCACAAGUACUGCUUCGUAAGGAUGUACAUUUCCUCAUUGCGCAAUAGCGACCUCCUCGAUCGGCAGCGGUCCCCGUGGCAGAGUGGAAACCUGCGAGGCUCUUGCCCUGGGCGCCCAGGCCGGCCACCUGUGUUCAGUAGAUGCCUGCACAGUGGUCCACUCACCCAGCAGCUCACUGCUUACGUUGGGAAUGUGUGUGUGUGUGUGUGCGCGUGUUUAUUUGUGGGGGGCCGGUGGCGCAGCGGUUAGCGCUACGCUGCGCUACGAACCCGGCGACCCGAGUUCGAUUCCCGCUCACGGCCACCAACACCAGU